UUUACUUAAAUGUUAAUGAGUACAUUUUACACAGCAUCCUUCUAUUCCAGUCUGUCUGGGUUGUUGUCAACGGAAACGUCAACGAUGCCAGGAUUAGAUGAAUGCGACGAGAGAAAAAAGCCUGGGCUCGGAAACGACAGCUUCGUAGCUCUCCACGUCUUUCAAAAAUGGUUUAACUACGCCGAAACAGAAAAAGUUAUAGGAUCAGUUAGUGGACUAGCCCGGGGAAGGGGACCAGACACCGUUUUGUGUUUAGACACCUCCGCCAGCAUGAAAGGAGAGCCAUUUCAAAAAAUGAUUGAGUUCGCUAUGGACUUUGUCACAGGUGUGGAGGCAUUAACAGGUUUAGCAGACAUUGAGGAGAAUAUCUCGGUGACGACUAUUGGAGCGGUUACGAAGGUGUGGAUACACAUGACCAGCGACUAUAGCGCUGUAAAAGCAACUCUUC